AUGGAGACAGUUGUCCUUGAAACGAAUAUGGGGGAAAUAGUGCUUGAGUUGUACUGGGAUCAUGCUCCAAAGACUUGCAAGAAUUUUGCAGAGCUCGCCAAGCGGGGCUACUACAACGGCACUGUGUUCCAUCGCAUCAUAUCCGACUUCAUGGUACAAGGAGGCGAUCCUACUGGCACAGGCAGGGGCGGUACCAGUAUAUACGGCCAAAAAUUCGAAGAUGAGAUUACCCCAGAAUUGAGAUUUACUGGUGCAGGUAUCUUAGCAAUGGCCAAUUCUGGUCCAAAUACUAAUGGCUCACAAUUCUUUAUUACACUUGCUCCGACACCAUAUCUGGACGGCAAGCACACUAUAUUUGGUCGUGUCGCAUCUGGAAUGCGGGUUGUUCAACGACUGGGCGCAGUAGCUGUUGAUGCCCAAGACAGGCCCCGAGAGGAAAUUACGAUUCGCAAAGGACGAGUCGUCUGA